AUGGCACCAAAAAAACUUCAAAAUUGUGCAUUAGUUGAUCACUUUGCAAUAGUUGUUCAAGUACUGUUGGGUGCAAUUGCUUGUUCAACACUUAUUUAUAAAAGACAUAGAGAACGACCACAAAGGCCUUUGCUAAUAUGGUUUUAUGAUGUUAGUAAACAAGUAUUAGGUGCUGGCAUUGUUCAUGGAUUAAACAUUCUUUUUUCUUAUAUAGCAGGUUCACACAACACGGAGGAUACCAAUCCAUGUAUAUGGUAA